AUGAUUAUAACAAAGUACAUGUACAAUCAUUAGACUUAGACGAAGUUGAAGGAUAAUGCUUAUCGUGGACAAAUAUAGUUAUUUUUAAGUGUUCAAAAAGGUUGGUGCCUUUUCAUGUUCAUGCUUGCAGCAGAGCAGAAAUGGACAAGAGGAGGGUGUGUGUCACAGGAGGAAGUGGAUUCAUAGGAUCAUGGCUGGUUCGGGAAUUGCUGCGGCGGGGAUAUACCGUUCAUGCAACUCUUCAAAAUAUAGCAGACCCGAACGAAAAAGGUCAUCUGCAAGCUUUAGAAGGAGCCAACGAAAGACUCAAACUAUUUCAACUCGAUGUUUUGGACUAUGAUGCAAUGGCUGCUGCAAUCAGUGGCUGCGCGGGAGUCUUCCAUCUGGCAUCUCCCUGCACACUUGAAGAAAUCAAGGACCCCCAGGCGGAGCUGUUGGAUCCAGCAAUUAAAGGGACGCUGAAUGCGCUUGAAGCAUGCCGAAGAGCCAAUGCAAAACGUGUUGUUUUAACAUCCUCAAUCUCGUCGUUGGUUCCCAAUCCCACCUGGCCUCCCAACACUGUGAUUGAUGAGAAUUCUUGGACGGAUAUCGAAUACUGUAAGCGUGAUAAGAUUUGGUAUCCAGUGUCAAAGACUCUUGCGGAGAAAGCAGCAUGGGAAUAUGUCCAAACCCACCAAAUGGACAUGGUGGCUGUUCAUCCUUCCACAUGCUUGGGACCUCUUUUACAACCCAAAUUGAAUGCAAGCUCCGCUGUUCUACGGGAUCUAUUACAAGGCUCACAAGAUACUCAGUCAAAUUAUUGGUUAGGAUGUGUCCACGUGGAAGAUGUUGCAAAGGCACAUGUUUUGUUGUAUGAAACACCAUCAGCAUCUGGUCGUCAUCUUUGCACCAAUGGCAUAAUUCAUUAUAGUGAUUUUUCAGAGGUGGUAGCGAAGAUCUGUCCUGAAUAUCCUGUCUACAGGUUUACAGAAGAAACCCAACCAGGACUAUUGAGAUGUAAAGAUGCAGCUAAAAAACUUAUUGACUUAGGACUUUGUUUCACUCCUAUAGAGAAGGCGAUUCAAGAAUCUGUUGCUAGCAUGAAAGAGAAAGGAUUUCUUCGCUUGGGCUCCAAAGACACUUGAUUCUGGAUAUAGCAAUUAUCUUAUUAAUACUACUUAAGUGUCUUUUUUAAUAAUAUUUUGGUAGGUUCUAUUGCAAAUUGAAAAAGCAACAUUUUACCUCGUCAAAAAAUUGUAUUUUAGUGCUCUUUCUACCAUAAUGUCACUUAGUAUUCAUGACACCCCAUUCUAAUUUGUUAGUGACACGUAAACCUUGAAUCUCCCAUCUAGUUGACGUUGAUUAUGAUUGGUUAAAUAUGGAUUCAAAAUUCUGAACAGAUACAUUCAAGAACUUUUCGUAAAUUAUGUUCAUUAUCAAGUCAAUAUCUGUGAUCCAUCUUUCAUUUGUA